AGUAGGGAGGACUAGCAUAAAUAUUGGAAGAGACUAAAAGAAUGCCACAAGGAGGAUCAAGUCAGUCACACAUGCAGUCCCUAUCCAUGAUAGGGACUCAGUCCAUGCGAUCCCUGUACUCCUCACACAGCACCCGCACCACUAAGUCAUCCAAAUUUGAGAAAUUCAGGCGUCCCAUCUUGGAGAACGCUCUUGUUACUGAUCUUCAAAAUGGAAGCUGGAUCACUGGCAUGUAUUCCAUUUUUUUGAGCUUGUUCACCAUCUCAACCUCAGUUUUUGACAUAUACACAUUGGUCAUGGCUGAACCUGGCUCAUCGCACUAUGGUUACUAUGUCAUCAGCUAUGACUUUGUGUAUGCUGGUAAUAUCCAUGUUCGGAAUUGCUUGAUCACUUUUGCCCUGUUUUCUGCUCUUGGUGGGAUGUGCCUCUUGGUCACUAGUACCAUUCUCAUGAUAGCACUACGCAAGGAAUUGGAACAAAGGAUCCGUCCUUGGCUUUGGUGCAUGUUGCUUUUCACGGGUUGGCGAGUGUUUGCUCUGGUUUUUGCCUCAUUGGUGAAUGACCUAGUGUUCGGGUAUCACCAGGCCAUGCUCUGGCUGUGGCUUAUCUUCAUUGUCCUCAAUGCGUAUGGCUGGCUGGUGGUCUAUUCCCUGUACAUGGAGCUCUGCGAUCUGACACGGCUGGAGGAUCUGGCCAAACUCAAGGUUUACCCUAUUUGCUAG